AUGGAACCGCUACGCAGGGAUCCAGAUCGUUGUGAAAGUGAGUUUUGGGAAGGAGAAUCAUGGGAGAGAGAAGAGUGUUGGGAAGGGGAAUGCUGUGAUGAAUGUGAAAGUACCGGUUCACUAUGUACAGAACGUGGAUGUUGGGGUGACAGGCUCGUUGGGGAAGACAUCUCAUCGGGUGCAUUCUGCGCCAGAGUCGGGUCACAGGCUAUGGGAUCUGACGGAUCUAUAUCAAAAGCAAUUGACUCGAGCACUUUAGCAUCGCCAAGGAUCUCUUCGGCCGGUGACGAAGUCGGUGCAGGUGGUUCAUUGCUGUAA